AGGCAGCAAUUACGCUUUGGGGAUAAAACGAGGCGCGGAGAGCAGGCCGGGGCAUUCCUCCCCGAGAUGGCGAUGGCGGGUCUGACGGCGGCGGCCCCGAGGCCCGGAGUCCUGCUGCUCCUGCUGGCCCUCCUCCACCCCGCGCAGCCCGGAGGGGUCCCGGGGGCUGUUCCUGGUGGAGUUCCUGGAGGAGUCUAUUAUCCAGGGGCUGGUCUCGGAGGCCUGGGAGGAGGAGCUCUGGGGCCUGGAGGCAAACCACCCAAACCAGGUGCAGGACUCCUGGGGGCAUUUGGAGCAGGUCCUGGAGGGCUUGCGGGCGCUGGCCCCGGGGCAGGGCUGGGAGCCUUCCCUGCGGGUGCCUUCCCUGGGGGCGUGGUGCCAGGUGGAGCUGCUGGUGCUGCUGCAGCCUAUAAGGCUGCCAAGGCUGGUGCUGGGCUCGGAGGCGUCGGUGGAGUUGGCGGGGUUGGUGGCGUUGGCGGAGUCGGUGGCGUUGGCGGAGUCGGUGGCUUAGGAGUGUCCACAGGUGCCGUGGUCCCUCAGGUCGGAGCUGGAGUCGGCGUCGGAGCUGGAGCAAAGCCAGGGAAAGUGCCCGGUGUGGGGCUCCCAGGUGUAUACCCAGGUGGCGUGCUCCCCGGCACAGGAGCUCGGUUCCCUGGAGUGGGGGUGCUCCCUGGGGUGCCCACCGGAGCAGGAGUCAAGGCCAAGGCCCCAGGUGGAGGUGGAGCUUUUGCCGGAAUCCCAGGGGUCGGGCCCUUUGGGGGCCAGCAGCCUGGGGUCCCACUKGGGUACCCCAUCAAGGCACCCAAGCUCCCAGGUGGCUACGGACUGCCCUACGCCAACGGGAAAGCGCCCUUCAGCUAUGGACCUGGAGGAGUGGCUGGUGCCGCGGGCAAGGCUGGCUACCCAACGGGGACAGGAGUGGGCCCCCAGGCGGCCGCAGCGGCAGCAGCUAAGGCAGCAAAGUAUGGUGCUGGAGGAGCUGGUGUCAUCCCUGGUGUCGGAGGUGGUGGCAUUCCUGGYGGGGCUGGUGCGAUUCCUGGGAUUGGAGGCAUUGCAGGGGCCGGGACUCCUGCGGCUGCUGCUGCUGCUGCAAAGGCAGCCGCCAAGGCUGCGAAGUAUGGAGCUGCUGGGGGCUUAGUGCCUGGUGGGCCAGGAGUUAGGGUCCCAGGUGUUGGGAUCCCAGGUGUUGGCGGAGUCCCAGGUGUUGGAGUCCCAGGUGUUGGAGUCCCAGGCAUUGGGGUCCCAGGUGUUGGGGUCCCAGGCGUUGGGGGUCCAGGCAUCGGGGGUGUACCAGGGGCCGUGUCACCUGCUGCUGCUGCCAAAGCAGCCGCCAAAGCAGCCAAAUAUGGGGCCAGGGCUGGAGUGGGCGUUGGAGGCAUCCCCACGUACGGGGUUGGUGCUGGGGGCUUUCCUGGCUAUGGUGUUGGAGCUGGCCUUGGAGGUGUCCCUGGAGCUGGCCUUGGAGGUGUCCCUGGAGCUGGCCUUGGAGGUGUCCCUGGUGCUGGCCUUGGAGGUGUCCCCGGAGCUGGCCUUUCCCCUGCAGCCCAAGCAGCCGCUGCGGCUAAAGCUGCCAAGUACGGUGCUGGAGGAGCUGGAGCCCUGGGAGGGCUGGUGCCAGGUGCCGUGCCAGGUGCAGUGCCAGGUGCAGUGCCAGGUGCCGUGCCAGGUUUAGUGCCAGGUGUGCCAGGAGCCGGAGGGGUGCCAGGAGCCGGGACCCCUGCAGCUGCAGCCGCCAAAGCAGCCGCCAAAGCUGCCCAGUUUGGAUUGGGCCCUGGAGUCGGUGGAGUUCCUGGUGGAGUUGGGGUUCCUGGUGGAGUUGGGGUUCCUGGUGGAGUUGGGGUUCCUGGUGGCGUCGGAGUUCCUGGUGGCGUUGGCGUUCCUGGUGGCGUUGGCGUUCCUGGUGGCAUUAUUCCCGGUGGUAUCGCAGGAGCAGGACCCGCUGCUGCCAAAUCCGCUGCUAAAGCCGCCGCCAAAGCUCAGUACCAGGCGGCUGCUGGGCUGGGUGCCGGGGUUCCUGGAUUUGGAGCUGGUGCCGGGGUUCCUGGAUUUGGAGCUGGUGCCGGGGUUCCUGGAUUAGGAGCUGGUGCUGGGGUUCCUGGAUUUGGAGCUGGUGCAGUGCCUGGAUCCCUGGCCGCUGCAAAAGCUGCCAAAUACGGAGCAGGGGGCGCUGGGGCCCUGGGAGGCGUCGGGGGUCUCGGUGGAGUAGGAGUCCCAGGUGGCGUGGCAGGGGCCGGACCUGCYGCCUCUGCUGCUGCUGCCAAGGCUGCUGCCAAAGCUGCCCAGUACGGCCUCGGGGUCRGUGGGCUCGGUGCCGGAGGACUGGGGGUCGGUGGGCUCGGGGCCGGAGGAGCUGUUCCGGGCGCUGGCUUAGGAGGUGUGUCCCCAGCUGCAGCUGCUAAAGCAGCCAAAUAUGGUGCUGCUGGCCUUGGAGGUGUCCUAGGAGCCACCAGGCCAUUCCCAGGUGGAGGAGUGGCAGCGAGACCUGGCUUCGGAUUGUCUCCCAUUUUCCCAGGUGGAGGCGCCGGGGGCCUGGGAGUUGGCGGAAAGCCCCCCAAGGCCUACGGAGGGGCCCUGGGAGCCCUGGGAUACCAAGGUGGGGCCUGCCUGGGGAAAUCCUGUGGCCGGAAGAGAAAGUGAGCUUCCCGGGACCCCUGACUCGCGACCUCAUCAACGUUGGUGCUACUGCUUGGUGGAGAAUGUAAACCCUCUGUGAUCCCACCCCAAGCCCCACUCAAUGCCCACCCGGGAGGGGACGGUAGGCCGGCGGCCUUGGAAAUCCACAGGACAAGGAAUCAAGAGCAGUGGCCACAUGCCCCGACUGGGAGGCCACCGGCUCCAGAGGCCAAGGCUGGUGGGCUCAGCCCGGCCCCACCCCUCCUCCUGGGAGCUCCCCCCACACAGUCUCCAUCUCCAGGGGAAAUUGGUGCUUCUUGUUGGUGCUUUUGUCUUCCUGGGGGGA